AUGGCACUUUGCUGGUUCUUCUUGCAGGGUCGUUGCACUUAUGGCAGCUCCUGCCGCAACAUCCACGAGGUUCCAACCCGUGAGGACUCCGAUCUUGCAAACUCACCUUCGACUUCCGAUCCGAAUGUGGUCCACGACGCGACUUCCAGGACCAUUGGUCGUCAGAAAGACUCUGGGAGAGUGCAUUGCCGCUUCUUUCUGGAAGACCGUUGUGUAUUUGGAAGUUCGUGCAAAUACCUCCACGAGACUGACUCUGACGAACAGGGCAAGAUCUCUAAAUUACUGAAGACCUUGGUUCUAGACGGCCCUUCAGACAAAAAGAAUCAGCAAUCACUACUACCAUGCCGCUAUUUUCCAUCUGGUACAUGCAGGAAUGGCGACGCUUGCCGUUUCCAGCAUGUUGUCCAUUCUGAUAACCAUCUCAGUCGUAACGAUGAAGAAAACCAUGCCAUCGCCAACUCCUUCUCCAAAGACUUUCCCGGCGCGACAGUCACCUUCAAAAAGGGACUCGAAAUAUCAAGUGUUAAGCUUCCAUCUGAUUGUUCCUCAAUCCAGCUCGUAGACCUCCCGACCGAUGCUAAACCUCAUGCAGUAGUCGAAAUAUUAGCUGGAUUCGGAUUCAUCGUUCUUGAAUCGGCGAUUCAGAUCAAGCCUAUGGGCCGUUCUGGGUCUUUGGCUACCAUCAGAUUCAAUGACCUGCAGUCUGCGAGACUAGUAGUCCAGAAGUUUGAGAAGGCUUUUGGCAGUAAUAGGGGCGAGCUGUCCAUAAAGGCUAUACUGAUCCCCUCAAAGUUCGGGAAUCGGUUGAGUUUAAACUCUGUCACCUGCUCUUGGCGUCGUCCAAGCAAGAUGGCUCGGCUUUGGUAUGAUAACUUUGAUGAAGCAUAUGCCGCCAAGAAUGCUCUUGAGCGGCAUCCGAACAUUCUGGGUCGCAAGUUUGAGAUCAUAGGGCCAGACCUCGAUAACUGUGCAGCCAGGUUGGACGUGACAGGCCUUGAUCCGACAACCGAGGAGAGGCAUUUCAAUGAGAUCUUGACGUUGGUUCAUAGACCGCAAACCAUUACGUUGAAGAAGCCGCCAUGCAUUUUAUCUGACGAGGAGUCCAGGGAGGUUGUUGAAACCCUUCUGAGAGAUGUGGGGACAAUGGAGAGUUUUUGGCUCCGUGAAACCGCAGCUGAUAGCAAAUGGAUACGAGCCACAGUAACAUUCAUCGACCAGGACUCAGCAAUUCAAGCGGUUAAAAAACUACACAAUACUAGAGUUCCAAAAUUUGGUUCCCGACUAUUCGUUUCACGGAUAAUAUCCGUUAAAUACUACGUCUCCAACAAAAUUGUCGAUGCCAUCCAAACCCGCCUUGAUCAAAUAUCUCGAAUUGCUCGGGAGGUUGACAAGACCCAGCUCAAGAUAUAUACCAAUGAAGAUCGACCUUUUACCACAAUACGAAUUUCAGGAGAAAACGCAAAGCCCGUCGCAGAUAUCAAGGUUAUUGUUGAAAGGCUCAUAGAUGGAAAUGUCCUUAUGAACGGCGAGUCAGCACUAUGGAAUGUCUGGUUUUCCACUCGCGAUGCGCUUGAUUAUUUCAGUGAGCUUUCGAAGGAGAAAAAUGUUUAUAUCUAUCGAGAUGCCCGAAAGUGCCAGCUACGUUUGUUCGGUUGCUCCGCAGCGUCACAAUCUGCGAUUGAACGAAUCCUCAUCACCAGAGUGGAAUCGAAUAAUAAGGAUAUGCCUACCACGAAGCCCGAAUUAAGCAUUCUUUUCAAAGUAAUAUUCGGUGGCAUACAGAAAUUGCGUGGAAAGUUGAACAAUCCAGACACUUUGAAUCGCUCCGAAAACUCUCGCUCAACCAGCGUCUAUAGCUCUACUAAAGAUCUUGAGACUACUCGUGCUCCACUCAUGAGCGAUUGCUCUAUUUGCUGGUGCCCUGCAACCGAACCUAUCCAGCCAUCAUGUGGUCACACAUACUGCCGCGAUUGCUUCCACGGCGCCGCCGAAUCCGCCGUUGACAACCUGCCUUUCCACUGCUUCGGUCAAAAAGGGGAAUGUGACCACAUUUUCACUAUCCAAGAGUUACGGGACAUCCUCCCCUUUGCCAAAUUCGAAAAGCUACUCCGCGACGCUUUCGACGCGCAUAUUCGAACCCACCCAGAAGCACUCCAACACUGCCCUACUCCCGAUUGUCCAUCCGUCUACCGACCAACAGAGGACGGCACUGCGUUCACUUGCCAUACCUGCCUAACGACCAUCUGCACCACAUGCAACGUCCGAUGGCACGAAGGGAUGGCGUGCGCGGAAUGGAAAGAAUUCCACGCCGAUGGUGGCAUGGAGGCGCUCAGACGCUACAAGGAAGAGCACGAUGUGCGAGAUUGCCCCAAGUGCAAAGCCGGCAUCGAGAAAGACGCGGGGUGUAUGCACAUGCAGUGCGAGAAUUGCAAGGUGCAUAUCUGCUGGUUCUGCAUGCAGGUCUUCGAGGUCAGGGAGGAGGACGGACUGGCAGAAUGCUAUGCGCAUAUGACGGAGACGCAUGGGUCUAUUUAUGACCCGCUUGAUAGGAAUUACCUCGAUAUGGAUGAUGAUGAUGAUUUCCGUGAUCUGGAUUAGAGGGGUUUGUUUUGUUAGGUGUUGUGGGUGUUCGGAAUGGAGUUGGAGGGAAAAUAUCAAGGUGCAGGCUGGUUUCUGAUGCGGGGCCCGCUAUAAAUCACUCCAAUUUGCUGUGCUUUGUUUGUCU